CAAUACUUCGAUUACUCCCCUCUUUCGCCAUCUCUCUCGAUUGAAUCGGGGAAGUCAUGGGAUACGUACUCAGGGUGAGGUUCGCUUCGUUCUUCGCCGGCGCUGCGGUGGCUUCAGCCGGUGGAUUCUAUUUUCUUCACAAGGAUUACAAGGUCGCUCAUCAAUCUAUGUCUCAACAGAUUAAUGACUUUUAUAAAUCUCUGGAUGGACGCAUCUCUUCUUUGGAAAAUCUAAAAGAAAUAGAAGCAAUGAAACCGGUUGAAGGUGCAGAAUAAGGAAGUCAAAGAGUCUUUGGUAGUUCCAAGCAUCUGGUUUGACUCAAAAUUUACUGAAUGUUGUAGUGCAAGCCCUU